CUAUUGCAAAUACUUUUGUCUUAAAAAUAUUAGGUUAGAAAUUUUUAUUCUAACAUUAUACAUUAUUAAGAUAAUGUUACACAUACUAAGAUAAACUAGUUUUAAUCAUGUUAUAUAAAAAUUUUUAAUUUACGUAUCUAUACAAAAUAUGAUAAUAAAUAACAUCAUUGAAAAAUUUCAAAAAUGUUUAUAUUUCAUAUUUUCAAAUGUUGCAAUGUGUAGGAUUGAAACUUCAAAACUUUAUUACGUUGUUACGGUUAAAACAACAAUUUUUAGUAAGACAUCAUAUUAUUUUUUAUACUAUAUUGCGCCGUAAAACAUAUUAUAGUAAUCUUUCUGUAAUUAUGGCAUCGAAGUGUUUUAAAGGGAAUAAUGAUCACUAUAAUGGCAUAACUAUCGAUUCAAAUGAAGAAUCUUGCACGUCUCAAGUAUUUGCUCAUCGUCUUACAGCAUCUUUACAAGAGUGGAUACAAAAUAAAAAACGCACAAUAUGGUUUCGUGUAUAUUUAUCACAUUCAGAAUGGAUACCAAUACUUGUGAAAGAAGGAUUUAAAUUUCAUCAUGCAAAACAAGAAUAUGUCAUGCUUUAUCGAUGGUUAGUUAAUGAAGAAUGUAAUAUUCCACCUUACGCACAUACAAAUUUAGGAAUUGGUGGGUUUGUUUAUAAUGAAGAAACUCAAGAAGUUUUAGUUCUUAAAGAAAAAUAUGUAAACAAAAAAGCUAUGUGGAAAUUACCAGGUGGUUAUGUCAAUCCAGGAGAAAAUUUAGAAGAAGCUGUGAAAAGAGAAAUUUUAGAAGAAACUGGUAUACAAACUAUUUUCAAGUGUAUAAUAAGCUUUAGACAUGUUCAUGAUUAUUCAUUUAAUUGUUCUGAUAUAUAUAUGGUUGCUUAUUUAACCCCUCUUAAUUUCGAUAUUAAAAAAUGUGAAAAAGAAAUUUCUGAAUGCAGAUGGAUGAAGGUGAAUGAUUUUUUAAAACAUUCAGAUGUACAUGAAAAUAAUAGAUUGAUUGCAAAAAAAAUGUUAGAAUUUUUUAAACAUAAAAUAGGAAUUAUUGCUGAAUACAAUAGACACUCUAUAACAAACAAACCUAUCUGUAUAUAUAGUAUAUCUAAGAUUAAUAAUAUAUAGCAAUAUGUAAAAUAAUUAAAAAAUAUAAUUAAUUUUAUAGUUUGAAGUAGA